AACGCACCAAUAGUUAUCUUGGCUCGACCUAAAAAUCCGCCUAUUCCUGUGCCCGAUUGCUGUUUGAUGUUAUGGAGAAAACUUAUGCUAACUAGAGAGGAUAUCAAUGCCGCAGUGAAAGCUGCCGAACUUAACUCUACCACUUUCUCUGCCGCUGUGCCAAUCUCUGUGGAUCGAUUUGAUUGGGAGAAAAUCAUGUACUCAGGCUGCUUUCCCGCUGUGAAAAAUACGCCAAAAUGCACAGAAAAAGAGAUUCGAGACUACUGUAACAACAUCUCUGGAAAAGUGGCAUUCGAGGAAAAGCUGAACAUAUUUUUGCUGAGAAAUCCGUAA